AUGGCUGGCAUGAACGAGGGUCAUCAAGGCAGCGCUGACGCCCAUCGACUAGAUUCGUGGAUCGACAUCUCCUCGCAGCCUUCAUCGUCGUCGCUUUCCUCGGCCGCCGACGAGAUUGUAACCACAGGCCUUCGUGUCCACCACAUGCCCGCUUCAUAUCGUCGAAGACGUCAAAGACCCGGUCGACCCUCGCGCCUCAACAUCGCCAGUCGCACUGGUAGUGCCGGUCCUGCUAGCAGUCAAGAGGAAUAUGAAGAGAGUGAAAGCGAUGAUGAUCAUGUCAUAACAUCAUCAGCCGAAGGGCUCACAAUCUCUCCCACACAUACUAGAGGCGUUGUACUCGAGUCUUCGGACGAUGACGAGAACAGAACAGCCGUCAACUACCCUAUCAACAACGAUAACGUCUUCACACCUCAGCCGAACGCCUUUUCUCAUCCUUCGGGUUAUUCUGCCAGACAUGCCAGCCAACCUGUACCAGGCUCAUACUUCCCUGCUCAGCCAGAGCGCCGUCACUCGGCCAGACACUCGUACCCUUCUCGUGCAGAGGCCAGAGUUCAACACUCGCCCUUCAACAUGCUCUCGCCGAACCACAAUGCAGCCGCUGAUCACGAAGCUGCUCUCCGUGCUAGUCUCUCUACUCUGCAAUCUUUUGCUGCCGCUGCCCGUGGACUGCCCAAGUCGAACUCUCGCACUCCAGCUGACCCCGCUCCCCCAGCCUCAAACAGGAUUCAAACGAACACGCUGCGAAUGGUGCCUGCCUCUGUUCUCGAACACAACUCACCUCUUUUAGCUCCAGUCACCGAACCGACUUUCCAGCCAACCAUCAGACGAACUUCCACGUCGACCUCUGCCUCUGCAGAUGUUCAUUCCACCAAAUCUGAAGCUAAGCGGAAAGGACCUUCUGGUCGUGGCUCUUCCAAGGAGAGUAGACAGAUAAAGAAACGCCGCAACUCUGGUGCUGUCUAUGGUGUCGACGACAUGACUGUCAGCCCUACACUCUUUACGUGGGUCGUCAGUGUGGGCGUGGUGGUCGUGUUCAGCGCCAUCAGCUUUUCCGCUGGUUACUCCAUGGGCAAGGACGCCGGCAGAUUUGAGGUUGGCUUGCCGGGCACGGGCGAGGGAGCCACGGCCUGCGCACGAGAAGCUGGUAAGAGCGGUCUGGGAUUUAGGAAGUCCAAGUUGUUCAGCAUUGCCUCUGGUGUCGGUGUUGGUGCUUGA